AUGACCGUCAGGAAUAUGAACAUUCCGCAUCUUCGUGAUGUCCAUGGAUCCAAACAGCUCAUUGUUGAUGGGCAUCCAUUCUUGCUCCUAGGUGCCGAGCUACAGAACUCGUCGCUUACAUCUGCGGAUUACAUGCAGUCUGUCUGGCCGAAACUUGCAGCAGCUAACAUCAACACUGUUCUCGGGUGCGUGACCUGGGAGCAGAUUGAAGCUGAGGAAGGCAAGUUCAACUUCGAGGAGCUCGAUCGAGUUAUCGCAGACGCCCGUUUGCACAAAUUGAAGCUUGUGCUACUUUGGUUUGGUAGUUUCAAGAAUGGUCUAUCCACAUACACUCCGUCAUGGGUCAAGUUGGAUACGAAGAGAUUCCCACGAGCACAGCUGAGGAAGGCUGGAGGGCGUCUGGAAACAGCAGACGUCCUCUCAAUCUUCGGGACUGAAGCACAGAAAGCCGAUACCAAGGCCUUUCGAGGACUAAUGAAUCACCUCCAACAGGUCGACGAGAAGUACUCGACGGUCAUCAUGGUACAGGUUGAGAAUGAGAUCGGGCUGUUGGGUGAUUCUAGGGAUGGUGGUGCCCUCGCUGAAAAGGCUUUCUCUGAGCCAGUGCCAGAUGCCCUCAUUAAGCAACUCCACGAUUCUUGGGAUGUAUUGCAUCCUGACCUCAAGGCCAAUCUCGCUCACUUUCAUAGUGUCAAGUCUACGUCAGGCAAGAGCUGGAUUGAAAUCUUCGGGACAAGUGCUCAUACCGACGAACUUUUCAUGGCUUACCACUAUACCUUGUACGUCGAGCAGGUUGCUUCUGCUGGUCAAGAAGCCUAUAGACUCCCACUGUACACCAAUGUAUGGCAGAACUAUAUGGGGGACGACAGUGAAAACCCUUUCCCAGCCAUUGUCGGUGGUGGAGGUGCCCCCGGGGACUACCCGUCCGGUGGUGCCGUAACAAACGUGAUCGACAUCUGGCAGGAAUUCGCCCCCUCGCUCGACUUCAUCUCACCAGACGUCUACCUCAAUAAUUACAGCAAGUCUUGCGCCCACUAUCGGCACCGCAACAACCCGCUGUUCAUUCCAGAGCAACGACGUGAUGAACAUGGGGCACGGCGAAUCUGGGCUGCCUAUGGCACGUACGGUGCACUUGGUUGCUCACCAUUCGGCAUCGACACUCUGAAUCUCGAAGGAAACCCCUUCCGCCGACACUACGGCUUAUUGAAAACAGUGUCACAGCACGUCCUGGCCGCCCAAACUAGGCCAGGCUCGAGCUACGGCUUCUACUUUGACGAGCAGCCACGAGACCCUUUGCGGCGCGACCCAACUCCUCCGCACAAUAUAGUCCUCGGGAACUUCGAGCUGGAGAUCAAGCGCUCUUUCGUCUUUGGACACCCUGCCCCUGGCUUCGGAAUGGUCAUUCAUCUAUCUGACGCUGCUGAGAAUCGCUCUCGCUAUCUUCUUAUCGGCUUCGGCUUCCAGGUUACCUUCAAGUCUACGAGUUCCAAAGCGACAUUCUCUGGGAUUCUCAGCUUCGAAGAAAAGGAGCCUAUGAACGUGGACGGAAAACAGGUGCUCAAGACCGCCCGAAUGCUCAAUGGGGACGAGACGAGGAGCGGAAAGUUCGUUAUCAUGCCUAGUGACGAUCCAGACUAUGGCGACUUCCCCAUCUGCGUCACGAUCCCGGGGAGGACUGGCGUGGCAGAAUGCGAGGCAUAUGCCAUUCUCGGUGGGAACUAA